CUAUAAGUUAUCAAUAACCAUGUUCGGUAGCAAUGAUAAUACAUUGUUUUUAUCAAUACAUACAUUAUAUACGUGAGGUUCUACAGCGAUUCUCUACGUAAUACCAUCGAGGAAGUUGCCUAUCAUUAGUCUCCUAACAAUUAUAAUACCUUAAAACAACCAAAAAUAACGUACAGUUAUCUAAUUUAAUACUAUAAAUUAGAAAUGGCCGCAAGGGAGUUCAAAAUGCUAAACAGCAUAGAUGUCAGGCCCAGCGAGGGUAGGGGGUUUGGCCUCUUUGCUAAGGCAAAUAUCCCAGCAAAUACCAUCAUCAGCAGUGAAACGGCGACCAUUUAUGGACCACCGAGUAUUCGGUCCAGGUCUGACGAACAAAAGGUCAAUGUCUUUUGUGAUGCGUUCGCCUCAGCCAGUGAGUCAAAUCGUAGUCGAUUGGAUAGCCACGCUUGGAACCCUGAACAGUACGAGCAGCAUAAGGAUCUAUACAAUCAUUUUGACAAGUGGCUAAAGAAUUACAUGCGAAGUAGCGGAAGUUAUGAACCGGGAUUCAAUCGAACUGAGGCGGUAAUGGCACUUAUAAAAGCCUACUCGAUAUUUUGGAUCAAUGCCAGCGGGACCCCUGAUAACGGAGCCGCGGUGUAUAGUACUUUCGCCCGUUCUAACCACUCCUGCAGACCAAAUGCUACCUGGAGAUAUAGAGGUGAUCCACCUUAUCAUCUAGAGAUGGUAACGGAAUGUGAUAUCCCCGCGGGUGAAGAGGUAACUGUCUCCUAUGACAAUCUCUCGAGGCUGAAAUUGGAUGAGAGGCAGAAGCUGUUGUCGAAUUGGGGGUUCACAUGUAAAUGUGAAAGAUGUACCGAGGAAGAAUAUAUGUUAGGCCUAUAGUGUCUGCAAAAACAAAGGGAACAUGGGCAGUCUGUAUAAAAAAGAAAGCGUAAGCCCUAUCCCAUCGACAAGUAGAUAUGUAUCCUGAAAUAUAUGAAUAUGUUAAACUAGCUGAUAAAGGAAGAACGAGUCAAGUAAUAUAGUAAUAUACCUAA